GCGCAUGCGCACCCGGAGUCCCGCCUCCUUUGGAUUUUCCUGAGACUGUCCGGGUUUCUACCGGUUGGAAGCUGAACUGUCACAGGUCUCCACAUUCUCCCAGAAGCCGCGGAAAAUGAAAAAAUCUCAGAGCUCCUGAAGCAUUUCCCCUGACCUUGUGUAGAGAGCGCUCCUCAUCAAGAUUUCCUACAGUUAGGACCAUCCUAGGCAUCCUUUAUAGCAUUGUUUGAAACGCUCAACAGUAAACAUGGCAUCAGUGUCAUUCAAGGACGUGGCUGUGGAGUUCACCCAGGAGGAGUGGCAGCACCUGGGCCCUGCUCAGAGGACCCUGUACAGAGAUGUGAUGCUGGAGAAUUACAGCCACCUCGUCUCAGUCGGAUACUGCUUUACAAAACCAGAAUUGAUCUUCACAUUGGAAAAAGGAGAGGACCCAUGUUUAUUAGAGGAAGAAUUUCUAAACAGGAGUUAUACAGAAUACUACCAACAUGAGGAACUCAUAGAGAAGAGCUCAGAAAACCAAGGCAAACACUGGUGGCAAGUUUUAUUCACCAACAAAAUAUUGACUACGGAGCAAGAGAACAUCUUGGGAACACCAUGUAAACUGAGCAAAAACAUUUUUCCUUCAAGAAUAUUCCCUUCUAAAUGUGACGUUGCAAGACCUACUUACCUUGAUCUAAGCCCAUCUACUCCUGUCGUCUCUCAGAACAUUCCUAAAGAGCAUAACAGUCAUGAUGAACUUAAUAAAUAUAAAUAUAAUGAAAAUGGGAGCACUUUCAGUAGGAUCAGCCAACUUCCAAAAAUUGAUACAGGAAGGAAAAGUUUCAGCCAAAAAUCACACUUUAGAGAAAAUCAAAGAAUUCUUACAGAGGUGAAACCAUUUGAAAAUGGAAAAAUUUUCUGCCCUGAUUCAGCCCUUCCCGUGCAUCAGAAAAGUCACACAACAGAGAAAUUUUCUGAUUAUAACACAUGUAGAGAGACAUUCAGCUACAAGACAGCUCUCAGUGUAUAUCAGAGAACUCACAUAAGAGAAAAACCCUAUGAGUGUAAGGAAUUUGGAAAAUCCUGUCCUAUGAAUUUAGUCUCAGUUCGGCCUCAAAAAAGUUACCGAGGGGAGAAACCCUGUGAAUAUCAUGAAUGUGGGAAAGCUUUCAGUAAAAAGUUACAGCUAAGGAAACAGAGAAUUCACACAGCGGGCAAACCCUAUAGAUGUAUUGGAUGUGAGAAAGCUUUUAGUGCAAAGUCAGGUCUCAGAAUACAUCAGAGAACUCACACAAGGGAGGAACUCUUUGAAUGCAAUGAAUUUGGGAAAUCUUUCAACUGUAAGGCAACCUUCAUAGUACACCAGAGAACUCACACAGGGGAGAAACCCUUUGAAUGUAAUGAAUGUGGGAAAUCGUUUGACUAUAAGUCACACCUCAUAAUACAUCAGAGAACUCACACAGGGGAGAAACCUUUUAAAUGUAAUCAGUGUGGAGGGUCUUUCAGUCAGAAAUCAUAUCUCAGAGUACAUCAGAGAAGUCACACUGGGGAGAAACCCUAUAAAUGUGAUGAAUGUGGGAAAUCUUUCAGUUACAUAUCAGGCCUAAGGAAUCAUCAGCCAACUCACACAGGGGAAAGACCGUAUAAAUGUGAUGAAUGUGGAAAAGCUUUCAGACUGAAGUCAGGCCUAAGAAAACAUCAUAGAACUCACACAGGGGAGAAACCUUAUAAAUGUAGUCAGUGUGGGAUAGCUUAUAGUCAGAAGUCACAACUUAGAGGACAUCAAAGAAUUCACACAGGGGAAAAACCCUUUAAAUGUAGUCAAUGUGGGGAGUCUUUCAGCUGGAAAUCAUAUCUCAGAGUACAUCAGAGAACUCACACUGGGGAGAAACCCUAUAAAUGUGAUGAAUGUGGGAAAUCUUUUCGGCAGAAAUCAAAUCUCAGUGGACAUCAGAGAACUCACACAGGGGAGAAACCCUAUGAAUGUAAUGAAUGUGGAAAAGCUUUCAGCCAGAAUUCAGUUCUAAGAAUACAUCAGAGAACUCACACAGGAGAGAAACCCUAUAAUUGUAAUCGGUGUGGAGAAUCUUUUAGGCAGAAAUCAACCCUCACAAUACAUGAGAGAACUCACACUGGGGAGAAACCCUACAAAUGUGAUGAAUGUGGAAAAACUUUCAGCCAGAAAUCAAGCCUUAAAGAACAUCAGAAAGCCCACCAAAAGGUUUAAACAUAUGGAUAGUAGGAGCUGGAAAUCAUACCUCAUAAAACACCAGAGAACAUGCAGAAAAAAGAAACCCUAUGAAUAAAUGAACUUUGGAAGUUCCUCUGCAAAAUAUCAACCUUUAAAUAUCAGAAAACUUACACAGGAAAGAACUUCUUGAAAUACACUUUAUAUGGAAUGUGUCUCAGUGAGAAUAUAGUCCUCCUUAGAUAGCAGAGAGUUCACCCAAGAACAAAACCCUGUAAAGGUAAUUAAUAUGGGAAACAUUUUGUGUGAAUUCAGCCUUCAGAAAAUUCACACUGUGAGUAAAUUCUGAGAAAGUAGUAAUGUGAACACUGUGCCGGGAUUCAUAACUCCUUCAAGAUAAGAGUAAUCAUCCAUUGAGAAAAUAGAUUGUAGUAAGUGGGUGGUAACCCUAAACUAUAAACCAACCUUCUCAGUACAGCAGAAAAUAUGUUGAAUGUGGACCUUUUAAUAUAUUAGAACAACAGGGAGAACCUAUGAAGGUAAUGGAUAUGGAAAACCCUUCAGUAUAUCCAUGCUCAAUUUGCCUUACCAAGAAACAUCGCGGAUGACUAUUAUUUGGCCACUAGUAACCAUUUCCUCUUUUCCCUUGUGGCACACUAAGUCUAAGUUUCCCAACCUCUCCUUCAAAGUGAUACCAUGUCACUAAUCUCUAACUAGUGGAAUAUAGGAAUCAGUGACCAGACCCAUUAAAGAUACUCUGAAAAUUUCAUUGUGUUCUCCUGUCACUUGUCAGAAUGGAAAGGAGAUUAUGGGAAUGAAAUCAUGGGACUUAUGUAUUAUGAUGGGAAAGUACAAGACAGAAGGGGCCUAGAUCAAAGAGUGACUAUGGAACGGAGUUUUCUCCUGCAUGUACAUAGGUGGACUUAGCGUGACAAGGAAAUAAACUUGUUUUUGAUGAACUUCUGCAGGUUUAUAUGUACUUGAUACUAACAUAUACUCAUCAUUGGUUAAUAAAAUUUACAAUUGUGACUUC